AACCAACUCUCUUCAGAUUCAACUUCAUAUUUUUCUUUCUCAAUUCUUAUUAAUCAUUCAUCAGUAAUCAAUACUUUAAUUCAAUGGGUUCUAUCACUAUUGAUCCAAUUCCUCUUGUUACACCUUACAAGAUGGGAAAAUUCAAUCUCUCUCACAGAGUUGUUAUGGCACCACUCACUAGAACAAGAUCCUACAACAACGUUCCACAACCUCAUGCUAUCCUCUAUUACUCUCAGAGAGCAUCUCAAGGUGGUCUUCUCAUAGCAGAAGCUACUGGUGUAUCUGACACUGCUCAAGGCUAUCCAGAUACACCAGGUGUUUGGACUAAAGAACAAGUGGAGGCAUGGAAACCUAUUGUAGAUGCUGUUCAUGCCAAAGGCAGUGUCUUUUUCUUACAGAUUUGGCAUGUUGGAAGGGUUUCAAAUUCAAUUUAUCAGCCGAAUGGACAAGCCCCCAUAUCUUCUACUGACAAGUCAAUCACAAGCAAUGAUGUACAAAAAUUCACGGCACCGAGACGACUAAGGACAGAUGAAAUUCCUAAUAUUGUCAAUGACUUCAAACUUGCUGCAAGAAAUGCUAUUGAAGCUGGUUUCGAUGGGGUUGAAAUCCAUGGAGCUCAUGGCUAUCUACUGGAUCAAUUCAUGAAAGAUAGUGUGAAUGAUAGAACUGAUGAAUAUGGUGGAUCCCUUGAAAACCGUUGUCGGUUUACAUUAGAAGUUGUUGAAGCUGUUGCAAAUGAGAUAGGAGGAGAAAGAGUUGGAAUAAGAUUAUCACCAUUUGCUGAAUAUGGAGAAAGUGGAGACUCCAAUCCCAAUGCUUUGGGACUUUAUAUGGCUAAUGCCUUGAACAAAUAUGGUAUUCAGUACUGCCACAUGGUGGAACCAAGACUAAUACAUACCUUUGAUCCGGUUGAAACCCCUCACAGUUUGGAGCCAAUGAGAAAGGCUUUCAAUGGAACUUUCAUGGUUGCAGGAGGCUAUAACAGACAAGAUGGGAACAAUGCAAUAGCUGAAAACAGGGCAGAUCUUGUAGUUUAUGGUCGUUGGUUCAUAUCUAAUCCAGAUUUGCCAAAGAGAUUUGCACUUGAUGCUCCUCUCAACAAGUAUAAUAGGGAGACAUUCUACUCUUCAGAUCCAGUUCUUGGUUACACUGACUACCCUUUUCUUGAAUGAUGAAGGAUUCUGUGGAACCUCCAUAUUGAAUAAGUUUUUUUCUUCUAGCAUAUAUAUAUAUAUAUAUAUAUAUAUAUAUAUAUAUAUAUAUAUAUAUAUAUUGGUUUUUGUAGUGAAUUUUAUCAUUUACAUAAGAAUUUAGUUUGUUAUUAAAGUAGUAUUUAUUAUUGAUUUCUGUCAUUCUUCUCUGCUAGGGUAAGAAGAGUGUAAAACAAUACUGUACCUGAAAUUUUAAUGCCAUAUGAAAUUUGUUUUAAUACGAGGAUUAUUUGUGCUUUUUAAUAUUGUGGUGAUCAAAAUUUAUUUCGAAUUAA